AUGCCACAAAGAAGUACAGAAGGUGCACUAACGGAAGGUGCACGCAUUGAAGAAGCUAUAUUUGUAGCGGAGAAACCAACGAAGGCUACAGUAGAUAAAUAUGAUUCGACCCUUGAAGGGCCCCUCCCAGUUGCAUUUGAGGCUGCUCUUGAGAAGUACGCCGUCGUACCGAAAGGCAACGUGAAAAUUAUAGCAAUCGUCACCUACUAUCGGUCCGGAUCAACAUUUUUUGGCGAGUUAUUGUCUUCUGCACCAAGGACAUUCUUCCACUUCGAGCCCCUUAUGUUGUUCACUGUGAGCGGCAGCAUUCGACCGGGAAGGCAGCGCCACGCUUUCCAGCUGUUGGACGCUCUCGUGAGGUGCCGUUUUGAGCCCCUCUACACAGCGUGGCUGGAGAGUGGCGGUUACUACAAGUUCAAUCACUUCCUGGCUGAUAUCUGCGAAGGUGGACAGUCGUGUUCUUCUCCAGGUCACCUUACCGCUUUGUGUUCAAGAGCGCAAACGCAAGUUUACAAGUUUACAAGGCUUCGCAUCAGUCAGGUGCAUUCCUGGAUUCAGAUUAACCCUGAAAUAUCCCACUCCGUACGCAUAGUGCACCUGGUACGAGACCCUCGCGGCAUCUACUUUUCUAGAAGAGGUCUGCGUUGGUGCACGGAUCACAAACACUGCGACAGUGCGGCUGCCCUGUGCGAACAGAUAAGAUCAGACUUGGAUGCUUUCGGAGAGCUUGCCCGUUCACUGCGGGAAGACAGAACAUACCGGAUACGUUUUGAAGACCUCGCCGCUGACACACUCAAUGAGACACAGCGCCUGUUCAGAAAACUUGGUCUGGACUUUACGCGGUCGGUAUCUGAGUACAUAGGGAACCACACGACGGCGACUGCUGCCCAAAUGAAGGACGCGCAUUCGACGUGGCGAAACACGAAAGAAGUGGCAGACAGGUGGAGGCAUAGGUUAUCAAUACAGACAAUACGCGACAUUGAAAGCACGUGCAGUGACGUUAUUGAAAGUCUUGGCUACAGGCGCUUUUGAGGAUAUUCUAAAUAGCACAGAAACUGUGUCCU